AUGUCUGAUAGGACGCUCAGCCAUACCGAUGGCAACUUCAUGCCGAACGUUACCUAUGGCUUCAUUGGUCUUGGGAAUAUGGGCUCGGGAAUGGCGAAAAAUCUAAGAGCAAAGAUGCCUAGGCAGGCCCUUUUGAUAGUGUGCGAGCUAGAUAAGAAGAGAACAAAAGAGUUUUUAUCAUCAGUUGAAGGUUUGAUUGAGGUUGCGGAUACUCCUCGAGAAGUGGCUGAAAGGAGUAGCAUCAUUGUGACAAGCUUACCACAUGGCGCAGCCGUGAGCCAUGUCUUCACAGAUCCAUCUAUCGGUCUCUUGUCGGUCCGCACUUCGUCAUCGUCACGAAAGUUCUUCCUUGAGACCUCCACCAUAGAAGUGCGGAUCUCGAACGAGGUUCUGAAAGAGGUCGAAAAGUCCGGCCUGGGGGAUUUUAUCGACUGCCCAGUAUCCGGAGGUAUUCCAUCAGCGCAUCAAGGGAGCCUCACAUUUAUGGUAGGCGGAAGUGAAGCACUAUUUCAAAAAGCAAAACCCGUUUUGGUAUCAAUGGGCAAAGAAGAGAACCUAUUGUUCUGCGGACGAGCCGGUGCAGGACUGGUAACUAAGCAAAUCAACAAUUACUGUGCAAAUGUCGCCUUUAUAGGUCUUUGCGAAGGAAUGAAUACUGGCGUCAAAUAUGGGUUGGAUCCGAAAGUGUUGGCUGACGCCAUAAACGUCAGUAGUGGGAUGAGCUGGAAUUCGUUGAACAUGAACCCGAUUAAAGGGGUACAAUCGAAUUCCUCGGCCUCGAAAGAUUUCGAAGGUGGCUUCAAGACAGAGCUGGCGAAGGGUGUGAUUGAUAUGGCGGUGGAAUUGAUGGAUGGCUUAGGCGCGAAACAUGUCAUGGGCAAUGUGGUCAAAGAUAUAUAUGCACGAGCAGUCGAGCACCCAAAAUGUGCUGAUAAAGAAUGUAGAAGUGUUUUUAGGUUGAUCGCAGAAGAUGAUGGGAAAGACUUGGGCGAGACGAAGGUGGUCUAG